GAUCAAUGGCGGUCUCCAACACCUCGAAAAUAGAUCAGUGAUAAUUGCGCGGUCUUUUUCUUCCUCCCACAAACUGCCACUGGUUCUUCCUACACCCCACUUUGCUCUCGCUCGGCCACAGCCCCAAGCAGCAGUCCACCCUCGCUCGCAGGCAGCCGCUGUCAAGUGGGGGUGAUCCAGGCCGCCACCGCCGGCUGCCCUCUAUCACGCCGGCCGGGGGUCCGCCGGCCGCUUCCACCAGGCAAGAGAGACGUGAGAUGGACGGCGUGGAAGGUUUUCAGUUCUUUCAGAUCAUCCUCGAGAACUCCUCGAGCAGGCUGAGGCUGCCUGACAAGUUUACGAGGGUGCUGCUAGAAGGCGGCAAGCCCCAGGAAGUGAAGCUGCGGGAUGCCGGCCACGGGCGUCGUUUCUGGGACGUGAAGGUGGUGCUGGACGCCGACGGCCACAUGUACCUAGGGCGCGGCUGGGAGCAGUUCGCCCGCGCCCACGACCUGCGGCUCGGCUACUUCCUCGUCUUCAGCUUCGACGGCGACGCCGUGCUCACCGUCAAGGUGUUCGACGUCAGCAUGUGCCGCAGGCACUACCAGCACGACGGUGACACCAGCAGUGGGAGCAGCAGCGACGGCGACAGUGGCAGCGACGGCGAAGGUGGCAGCAGCGACGGCGACGGUGGCGGCAACAGCAGCAGCAUGGCGGUGAUGGGGGUCGACGACGGGCCGGCGUCGCUGUUCACCGUCAUGCUGAGGGAGUGCAACCUGGGCGUGAGGCAGAAGCAGUACCUGAACGUGCCGGUGGAGUUCCAGAACGCGCACGGGUACGCGGAGAGGAGCAAGGUGGAGCUGCGGAUGCGCGGCAAGUCGUGGUUCGUGAACCUGAAGCACAGCCCCCGGGAGCGCGGCAGGCCCCGCGCGUCGCUCAGGUACGGGUGGCACCAGUUCUGCGUCGACAACGGCCUCGGCGUCGGCGACACCUGCUUCUUCCGAGCUCUCGGCGAAGGCAGCGCCGGCGAGGUCCACGUUCUCAAGGUGGAGGUGAGGAGGCGAGACGGCAGCUACGUUGACUGAGGCGCCCGCGGUGGCUGCCGGCCUCCGGCUCAUCAGCCUGGUUGGCCGGCGUGAGACCUCGUCCGUGGCCAUCGGCGGGCACGACUCAGUGCGUUACGGAGUAUUAUGCUUGCUCAAUAAUAAUUGUAAGACCUUAAUUCUCGGUAGUUCGACUGAUGGUGCUACUAGCAGCCUGGAUGAUGAAAUUGUUCUUGUUGAGAUUGUGGCAGGAUGAGUGGCAUCUUGUUAAUCCCCCACUCAGUGCUACAGAGUCAUUUUUAUCAAACUUUUGCAUGUGGAAGGAAUA